CUUCUUUCUUUCCUUCUCAUCUUCUUUCUGCUUUUCAUUAUCGCUAAUAGAGCUACCUUUACGUUCCUUGCCCUAGGGCAUUCUCCUUACAGAAAUUAAGAUCUCAUAAAGCUCUGAUAACUCUCUUUCCAGGUUUCCAUUUUCUUUGUUCUGCAACUUCCUUUGUAACUUUUCCACAAAAAAGCUUGUUUCUAAGUUUCCAAUGGCUUCCACUAGCUCCGAAACACCCUCUUCACCUGGUUGGAAAUUCGAUGUUUUUCUCAGUUUUCGGGGUGAGGACACCCGCCAUGGCUUUACAGACAAUUUAUAUGAGGCAUUUAUAUCGAAAGGCAUUGAAGCGUUUAGAGACAACGAAAAACUCCAACUAGGACAAGAAAUUGCUUCUGAGCUCAUACAAGCAAUAGAAAAUUCCCAGUAUGCAAUCGUUGUUUUCUCAGAAAAAUAUGCCGAUUCUAGGUGGUGCUUGGAUGAACUUGUUGAAAUUGUUGAAUGCAAAAAAAAUAAGGGACUUAAAGAAGUGGUGCCCGUCUUUUACCACGUAGAUCCCUCCGACGUACGGAAGCAGACUGGGCCGUUUGAAAAAGACUUUGACGAACAUCAAAGAAAUGACAGAAUCGACAGGGAGAAGAUCCAGAAAUGGAAGGAUGCUAUGAGAGAAGUGGGGCAUUUAAAAGGCGAGCAUAUACUGCCACAUCAAACGUAUGAGGCAAAAUCUAUCCAAGACAUUGUGGAAGUGAUAUUUAAUAAAUUGCAUGAUACCUUCUUGGAACUUACCAAGGGACUGAUAGGUAUGGAAUCCCGAGUUGAGACAUUGAAGUCAUACUUAGCUAUAGAGUCAAAUGACGUUCGCAUGAUAGGAAUUUGGGGGACAGGAGGAAUGGGUAAGACAACUCUUGCAGGAGUUGUUUAUAGAAUGGUUUACAAUAAAUUUGAUGCUUGCUGUUUUAUCGAAAAUAUUAGGGAAGAAUCUAAAAAACAUGGUUUACAUAAGAUACAACAAAUACUUUUGAGGAAACUUUUGAAGUAUAGAGAUUUGGAGGUAGACAAUGUUCAUGAUGGAGUUCUCAUGAUAAAAAGUAGGUUAUGUAAAAGAAAGAUUCUUCUUGUUCUUGAUGACGUAACUGAUUUAAAACAUUUGGAAAACUUAGCUGGGGAGCGUUGUUGGUUUGGUUCAGGUAGUAGAAUUAUGAUAACAACAAGAGAUAGGCAUUUGUUGGGGUUGUGUGAAGAAGAAAUAUAUGAGGCUGAAGUCUUGAAUCAUGAGGAAGCUCUUCAACUUUUUAGUUUGAAAGCUUUUAAAAUGGACCAUCCAACUGACGAUUAUGGAAAGCUAUCUCAAGCUUUUGUAGAUUAUUGUAAGGGGCUUCCUUUGGCCCUUGAAGUUUUGGGUUCUUCCUUGUUCAAAAAAAGCAUUGAAGUAUGGGAAAGUAAACUGGGUAAGCUCAACGAAGUUGGUGAAAGAACAAUUUUCGAUGUGCUUCAAAUAAGUUUUGAUGGACUAGAUCAAACAGAGAAGGAUAUUUUCUUAAAUAUUGCAUGUUUUUUUAAUCACAAUGAUCAAAAUAACGUCAAAAAAAUACUAGACUAUCUUGGGCUUCAUGCUGGAAUUGGACUGGAGGAUCUUAUUGAUAAGUCUCUCAUUAAAUUGCAUGAAAAUCAAUUGUGGAUGCAUGAUUUACUACAAGAAAUGGGUCGAGAUAUAGUUCGUUCAGUGUGCAAAUAUCUUCCUGAGGAAUGUAGUAGAUUGUGGUCAUUUGACGACAUCAACAAUGUGCUGACAGAAAAUACGGGAACAGAGAAAAUUCAAUAUAUAGUACUAGAGAUGCAUGAACCAAAAAAUGUAGAUUGGGAUCCUGAGGCCUUUUCAAAGAUGCGAUAUCUAAAAUUGCUUAAAAUUUGUGGUGUUCAACUUAUGCAUGAUCUCAAACAUCUUCCUAAUAGCUUAAGAAUUCUUGAUUGGAAAGGGUACCCUUCAAAAUCGUUGACAUCAAGUUCCCGAUUAAAGAGUUUUGAGAAUUUGAAAUUCAUGAAUCUGAGUGAAUCUCUAAAACUUAUUGAAGCCCCAGACAUCAUUGAAGUCCCAAAUCUUGAGAGUUUGGUUCUUAAAAGUUGUAUAAAUUUACGUAGGAUUCACCCAUCAAUUGGAAUUCAUAAAAAGCUUACCAUUCUUGAUUUACAACGGUGCGAGAACCUCACAAGUCUUCCAAGCAAGUUUGAAAUAGAGCGCCUUGAGGAACUUAAUCUUAAUGAGUGCUCAAAAAUAACAGAAAUUCCAGAAUUCGGGAGAAACAUGAAUAGUGUACGCAUCAUUUAUUUAGGUUCUACUGCAAUUACAACACUACCCACGUCGAUUGAGCAUUUGACUGGCCUUGUUGAGUUGAGUGUAAAUAGUUGCAAAAAUCUUGUGCAUUUACCUAAUACCAUUUUUAAUUUAAAGUUGGUUAGAAAAGUCUGUCUUCAGUUUUGCACAAAACUGGAUAGACUGCCAGAGAACCUAGGGAAUGCCGAAAGUCUAGAGAAGUUGGAUUUGUGGGAAACUGGUAUAAGAGAGGUCCCUUCUUCCAUUGGUCUCUUAAAACAUCUUCAUUCCCUAACAUUGACUGAAUGUAAGGGGUUAUCAAUGCCAACAAGUCCUCAUCCCAUCGACUUGCUAUUCUCUUCUCUAUCUCUUGCACCUGCGCCUUCUUUGACCCGCUUGCUUUUAAGUGACUGCAAUCUCAAGGCAAUCCCUAAUGAUAUUGGUUCCUUAGUCUCUUUGGAAUGGUUGGUUCUAGAUGGAAAUGAUUUUGAUUGCCUUCCGGAAAGCAUCAUUCAACUUUCGAAAUUGAAAUGGAUGCACUUGAAUAAUUGCACAAGUCUUCGAUCAUUGCCAAAGCUUCCAUUGAAUGUUGAAUUCGUCGAGGCAGAAGGUUGUAUCUCACUGGAAAUGUUACCAGAUCCAUUAAAACAAAGCGAUGCAUUGGAACCAUCUCUCUAUCUUCAUAAUUGCUCUAAAUUGGCUGACAAUCAAAGCUGCAUAGACAGGUUUAUCUCAGGGAUAGAAAAGUCCCUCAAGCUCUCUCCCUCUCUUCCUCUCAAAUUCCUAAAAAAGGAAUAUGAAAUUUUUUUUCCUGGAAGUGAAAUUCCUGAGUGGUUUAGCCACCAAAGCAUGGGGGAUGAAGUGGAAAUAAAAAUACCUUCUCAUUUGUGUAAGAACGUGGGAAUUGCUUUUUGUUUUGUGUUUUGUACGCAUGAGCAGCAUGAUCUUGCUCCCAUUUUUUCAUUUUUGUUGAUAGCCAAUGGAAAAGAAAUUUGUAUUGGUUACUAUGACACACAUUGUUGCGUUUCAUCAGAUCUCCUUUGUCUAGUCUAUGCGACUCCUCAAUUCUUCGACGAGGAACCAAAUAAAUUAAUGUGGGAAGGUGAUGGGAAUGGAUUCAGUCAGAUUAGAAUUAAAAUUGAAGCGUGCGAAUUCGAGAUAAAAAAAUGGGGGUUCCGUAUGAUGUACAAGGAAGUCAAGAGCAGUCGUGAUGAUUACAAUGGGGCUGGACCCAGUGGAGAAGGAAGCUCAAAAAGGAUUAAAAGGCACACAGAAACCAAUGGUAACUCUGAUUCUGAGUUAAGUGAGUACAAGGACUGUGAUGACUCUGAUUCUGAGGAGUCAAGUGAGUACAAGGACUGUGAUGAGGAGUUCAGCGAUUGUGAAGAAUCUAAUGAACGUAACCCUGAUGGUUAAUCAACUUUUCAGCCCAUUUCAGAUCAUGACCAAGGCCAUCCACCCAUGCCCAUUUCACAUGUUCAUCCUUAUAUUAAUUAGACCCAAGCAGGAAAGCAAGUAUUUAACAAGAUUGAAAAUGUGAGAAGGGUAACGGACAUUUCAAAAAACAAAGAAAAGCCUCAACAGCAGCAAGAUAAGCAAAUCCAAACCUUUAGAGAGGGUUCAAUUGCAACCAAUCCUGUUGGAGGAGAGCUGCAAGGGUAGGAGAUGGAAAUAGCAGGGAUCCAAUUUCUUUUUUAAAAAUAGAGAAUGUGCAUGUUCAUAGCUGCUUCUGAGGAAUCAAGUGAGUGAUUAGUGACCUGAGAUUUUUUCAUUGGAAGGAAUUUUGUGAAGUGACCUGGAAGGUUGAUCAACAUUUUUCUCUCUAUCACCCAUAAGUCAUCAUCCUUCUUAAUUUGAGUUUUGUUGGUUGAUGCAUCAUCACUUUCCCUUUCCUUUGGCAUAUAGUUGUACUCUUUUGGGUUAAUUUUAACUUCAAAAUAGUUUCUUGCUAGCUAUACCUUAGUUGAUUAUUAGCACUUAUUCAAACUCCCCUCUGGUUUGUUUCCUUAAUCAAAAAACACAAAGCAAUAGUCCUAGCUAAUUUGAUAUGCAUAUAUAAAACAGUCUUAUGAAAUAAACAAUGAUUAGGGUCAUCUUGGUUUAGUGAUUGUGCUACUUGUUUGGUUUAGUUUAAAAUUUUUCAAGGUGCAAAAACAAUAUAUGCAUGCCAAUGCAAACAUUACAAUCGAAAUUAAUUUUUAUCUCAUUACAUUUUAUAUAUGUGAAGUCAUGCAUAGAUCGCAGUCAAAAUGAUUAGUCUAGCUAGGGGUAGCAUCAAGCUUCCUCACUAGUUGAAAGUUAUCUAAAGUUGUGUACUAACCUUCAACCAAAGAAAAUGCUUUUUUUUUUCUGUUUAAGAGAAUAGAUGUGUUUUCUGUUCUAGUUCUUGUUCCUUUUAUUUUUGUUUUGCGCCGAAAAUUCUUAUUAAUUUAAAGUAUGACAACAGUUAUAUAAAUUUUCCCCAAUCCACUUGCUAUAUUUGCUAAGACAAUCAGGAUUCCAAUUCUAAAAUGUACAAACUUUACAAUCAAAUGUAGUUAUAAAAUUUAAAAUCUUCAGCAAUGAGGAACUUGAUAAUAACUUUUAUGAGGAAUUAAUUUGGAUAUUUAAAAUUUCUGUAAAGAACAAAUCAUUUAAACAAGUUCUUGAUACAUCCAAAUAUCAACAUUAUUUUAUUUUUUUUUUUGACUGAAAAAGAUAGAAAAUAUCGACAUUAUUGACAAACGAUCGUAUCAGAAUAAUUAGUCUUCCUAGAGUUUGUGUCUAGCUUCCUCCCUUGUUGAAAGUGGAGCAUGAGGAUUGAUUGGAUUAAGCUUCCUAUUUGGGGUUGGCGUUCAGUCUCUUUCUGGAGAUUGUUCUGAGAAUGAAAAGAAGAAAUAAAUGCUGUGAGGCAUGGUACCCUACGAGGAAUGCCUGUUAUGCUUAGGUCGAAAGCGCGGAUAGACGGUAUAAGCCAAAGAAAGCCUCUUUACCUUCAGGGUUGUUUGCUAACCUGAAACCAAAGCAGAUGCUCUUUUUCUGAUUAAGAGAAUAACUGAUUUUUCUAUUCUUUUCUUUUUAUUUUCUUUUUAUUUUUUGCUUUUGCUUUUCUCUGAAUUUUUAUUAUUUAAAAGUAGGACAACAACCUUAAAGUUACUAAAAUGACUUGUAUUAGCAUGUUUGAGGACAUUGUUAUUGCAAUCUCAUAAUGCAACAAUUUUUAGAAUCAAAUCAUGGUUAGUGAUUGUUCAAAAUUUUCAACCAUGAGGAGCUUGAUCAUAACUUAACUUAAUGGGGAAUUAAUUUUGAUAUGCAAAAUUUCAUCAAUGACCAAGUCAUUACCAUGUUCUCGAUAUAUCCAAAUAUUGUCAUGUUGUUGACAAUUGAUCAGUUCAUUGAUCAACAGAGAAAGGUCUGCAUUAGCAGCAGUAAUAUUCUUGGUGAACUGCAUUUAGUCCAAUUUUUAUGUGUCACCAAAAAAAUGUUGUGAAUGAUUGCAUAAUACUCAAUUGUUAGACCUGUCUUGUCAAAUCUGUGAUUUACCAUAAAAUAAGUGUGUUUGGAUCUAUUACUAAAUGACCUUAGCCAUCUGAUGCCUUUAUUCAAUGUUGGGAAAUCACCAAAGACUUCAUCUUCCCAUGUAAUGCUUGUGAAGAAGAAUUGAUGAGACCUUUAUAAUAUUUGAAUUUCAUUUUUAAAGUGUCAUACCUUUCUUCCUUUGAUUUCUUAUUUAGAUAUUUCUUUCGUGCGUUCUUUCCUCUCCUUCCUCUUUUACUUCAGAGAUUUAGGAGUUUAAUAGGUCCCCUGUGACAUAUCUUUUUUCUAUUGUGCUGUCCUACAUAUAUAAUUUAGUAGACAGGUACGACCACAUGUAAGUGUCCCGUUACUUUUUGAUACUAAUAGUUUAAAACUCUUUUUAUACGUAGUACUGCUCUUUAAUUGUUUAAGCUUUUACCAAAUAAAUUUUGUGCUAUUUCCUUUUGACGUUCUUGAAGUUUUCUAUCUUUUUUACCUUUAACCGCGAAUGAAAUUAUUGACUGAAAUUUGUACUUACUCAUAUCAGAUCAUGAACAGGGCAAAACUGUUCAUGCUCAUUUCACAGGAUAAAACAAACCAGAAGACUUGAUCUCCAUAGGUGCAUAUUCAAUCAGGCAAGCAACUGUGCAGAAAAGGUUGAAAAAUAAAGAAGGCAUCCUGCUUUGAUUGGACCUGAUUAGAGAGCUGUACUCUACAAAAAGUGGCUGCUCAAAUUUUAGCUAUCCCUAUCUCAAGCUGUGGAGUUACUGAUAAGCUGCUAUAGCCUCAUACAACACAACAUAGUAUGCACAAGCCUAUGAUGCACAACUUGUUGAUUAGAGUAACUGCUGGAGAGUUCCAAGGGGAGUGUGUCCAGUUAUGGAGGGAUGGCAAGUGUAACUGACAGUAGAGGGGCACUGGCAGAGCAGAUGCAAAUGGGGUUGUUUUGCCUAUGUAGCUAAAUCAUGGGCUGGCAGAUAAUUUUUCAGCCUAUUCCAGUAAUGCCGUAUGCAAAAAAGUGGAAGCUUACUGUUUGAGAAGCAUAUUUUCCAGGCUUGUUUUGGUUAGUGGAAGAUUGGAGGACCUGUGGAAAAGAAGAAGGUUCCUUGGCAGCUUGCUGCGUUGAUUGAAGAACACAAGUGCAAGGAAGUUGGAGAACGCCAGUGGUGUACAUUUGCUGUGCACAGGAGUCACUAAUGAGGCUAGAGUCCUGGUUACUUUUGCUUGUAACUCUUUUAUGAACAUUUUUUGGGCUUGUAACUCUAUUACUAGAGAGUUAAAUUUUAGCAGUCUGGAUAAUAUAUAGCCAAUUUGUUUCAA